AUGGAUAACGGAGAAUAUGACACGCCAGUUGUUGAAGUUGUUAGGGGAAGAAAGUCUAGACGGCAACGCAACAGUCCGAAGACCUCUAAAUACACACAAGAAGGAAAAGACGGUCCAGAUUUAAACUGUGAUCAUCAUCUAGAUAUAACAAUAACAGGCUUUAAGAAAAGGUCAUUGUGCCAGGCAUUGAAACUUAGUUUCAAUGAUCUGAAAGAAUUUAGACGGAAACUAUACUUGAAUAGUACAAAAAUCGACCAAGAUAAAUUUUUGUUGAAGUACAUGCGCAUUUCUAUCCCCAAAAGACGAUCAAAAGUGACCAAGUCUGUAAACUACCGCAAAAUGUCAAUCGCUUAUUUUGUUCCUAUGGAGAAUGGAGCAGAAGUUCAGGUUUGUUCGAAAACUUUUCAAAAAAUAACAGGCACACAACGAAUGCGUCUCCUUCGAGUAGCUAAUGCAUUUCUGGCCACGGGUUCGCAACCAAAAGAGCGCCGAGGUGGUAAGAGCGCUAAACAGCUGGAAGCUAUAGCUGAGAUGACAGAUCUGAUAAAAAAUGACAUCAUGAAGUAUAAAUGUAGAGAAAGUCAUUAUUCUAGGAGCAAGUGUUCAAGAUCUUACUUACCUCCUGAACUGAAUUUAAAAAUAAUGUACGAGAAAUUCAUAGAAAACCAAAAGUCUAUUUCUGAAAAAACGUGCUCUUUGUCUAAAUACAAGUCAGUAUUUUACAAAAACUUUAAUUUAGGUUUCGGAAACCCUCAUGAAGAUACUUGUUCAGCUUGCAAGGAGUUUUUAAUUAAAAUAAAAAAUGAAAAGGAUUUAGAGAAGAAGAACAACAUUCGGACUGAAUAUCGCUUGCACAAGUUAAGGGCUAAAAAGUUCUUUAGUUUACUGAAUGAUACUGAAGAUGAUAAAGUUAUUAAAAUAUGUUUCGAUUGCCAGCAAAAUCAACCUUUACCAAAAUUAAGUGUUGGAGAGGUAUUUUACUCUCGUCAAGCUUGGCUAUAUAAUUUUUGUGUAAUGCAACAUAAACCUAAAACUAAACAAACCAAGGAUGGUAUAGAGUUUUAUGUUUGGUUAGAAAAUCAGAGCGGCCGAGGAGCUAAUGAGAUAGCUUCAGCACUUCAACAUUAUUUGAGAAACUUGGAAGAAAUAUGCCUAAGAGAAAAUAAAAAAGAUUUGAAGCUUGAACUGUAUUCAGAUUCUUGCAGCAGUCAGAAUAAAAACUUUAUUAUGUUAACUAUGUUAGCCAAUUUCAUGGCUUCUAGCAAGGUUUUUAAUAAACUGAGCCACAUUUUUCCUAUUCCAGGCCAUAGUUUUAUGCCUCCUGAUAGGGUAUUCGGAAGGGUGGAAAAAGACUACCGUCGACGUGAAGUGAUUGUCUCGCCAAAAGAGUACUAUUCAAUUUUAGGAAAACAUGGACAAGUCAACGAAUGGGGUAAAGAUUGGUAUACUUAUAACAUGAAAGCCACGGCAAAACGAAUGAUAAAGACAAAGCUACCAUUUAAGAUAUCCCAAACACGGAUAAUUCACUUUACUAAAGUCGGAUCACGAGUUUCAAAAAAUAUUGAAGUUGGUGUUCAAGAUGCAUAUUCUGCUGCGCCAGUGACCACUGAAAUAAAAAAGAAAAGAGUUAAAUCUUUUUCGAGAUUCGAUUGUGACCAAUUACCUAAAACUAAUAUGAUCUCAUUAAAGAAGAAAGCAGACGUCGAAAAUCUACUUAAAUUUUGUGACAUUUCUGAUGACCUUGAUGCUCGGGAAUUUUAUGACGAUGUGCUUCAGAGUUCUGGUCCUGACGAUGACAAUAUUAGACGUAACUACGACGACGAAGAACCUGUAUUAUAA